CGGCCGGCCUGCUGCUGCACCUGAGAGUCUGAGGGGCACUGGAGGGGAGAGGAGGAGGCAACCGCAGCAGAGCGAGGCAGAGGGAGAGAGAGUGCCAAGAUUGCCCUCCGCUUCGUCCUCACUCCAGCCAUCCAGCUUUGGAGGGAUCUGUCUGGUGGAGCUCAGCUGCGUCGACAGCUCAACCCAGCUCUCAUGGUGCUGCUGGUGGCGGCGGCUGCGCUGCGGAAAAGCUCCUGGUGGUGGUAGUGGUGGUGGGGGAUCACGGUAAGGUAAGGUGGGGGAGAAAGUUGUUGCGGCUGGUGCGGGCUGCCCAAUUCUGCUGCAAAUUCUCUUUCUUUGCGCUCCCGCUCCGGGUGGUGGUGGUUGUCGUUGUUGUUGGCGGCGGUGACUGAGUGGACGAUGAUUACGUUCGUGGACUCGGCGGCCGGGGAGCGGGGCGACGACAGGUGCCUGGACCCGCAGCUGUGGCACGCCUGCGCCGGCGGCAUGGUGCAGAUGCCCGCCGUCGGCUCCAAGGUCUACUACUUCCCGCAGGGCCACGCGGAGCACGCGGCGGGCCCCGCCGACUUCCCGCCGCCCGGCGGCCGGGCGCCGCCCUUCGUGCUCUGCCGCGUCGCCGCCGUCCGCUUCAUGGCCGAUCCGGACACCGACGAGGUCUUCGCCAAGAUCCGCCUCGUCCCCGCCCGGCCCCAGGACGCCGCCGACGCCGACGACGCCAUUGCCGCCCCCGCGCAGGAGGACAAGCCCGCCUCCUUCGCCAAGACGCUCACGCAGUCCGACGCCAACAACGGCGGCGGCUUCUCCGUGCCGCGCUACUGCGCCGAGACCAUCUUCCCAAGGCUCGACUACUCCGCCGACCCGCCCGUCCAGACCGUGCUCGCCAAGGACGUGCACGGCGUCGUCUGGAAGUUCCGACACAUCUACCGCGGCACGCCACGCCGCCACCUGCUCACCACCGGCUGGAGCUCCUUCGUCAACCAGAAGAAGCUCGUCGCCGGGGACUCCAUCGUCUUCAUGAGGACCGAGAACGGGGAUCUCUGCGUCGGCAUCCGCCGCGCCAAGAAAGGGGGCAUCGGUGGCCCGGACGUGCUACCCCCGCCGCCAUCACCGGCUACGGCGGGUGGCAACUACGGUGGGUUCUCCAUGUUCCUGAGGGGAGACGAGGACGGCAGCACCAACAGCAACAGCAAGAUGAUGGGGGCGAGGGGGAAUAAUAAGGCGAGGGCCAGGGUGCGGCCGGAGGAGGUCGCCGAGGCGGCCAAUCUUGCCGUCAGCGGACAGCCGUUCGACGUGCUCUACUACCCGAGGGCCAGCACGCCGGAGUUCUGCGUGAAGGCGGCCUCGGUCAGGACGGCCAUGCGCACCCAGUGGUGCGCCGGCAUGAGGUUCAAGAUGGCCUUCGAGACGGAGGACUCGUCCAGGAUCAGCUGGUUCAUGGGGACUGUGUCGGCCGUGCAGGUGGCUGACCCCAUUCGAUGGCCCAAUUCACCUUGGAGACUUCUUCAGGUGAGUUGGGAUGAACCGGACCUGUUGCAGAAUGUGAAGAGAGUGAGUCCAUGGCUGGUUGAGCUCGUCUCAAACAUGCCAUCCAUUCAUCUCGCUCCGUUCUCGCCUCCUCGGAAGAAGCUCUGCGUCCCGUUCUACCCCGACCUCCCGCUCGACGGCCAGUUUCCGGGCCCGAUGUUCCACGGAAACCCACUCGGACGCGGCGUCGGUCCGAUGUGCUAUUUCCCGGACGGUACUCCUGCAGGCAUACAGGGAGCCAGGCAUGCUCAAUUUGGUAUAUCUUUAUCAGAUCUCCACCUUAACAAACUGCAGUCGAGUCUGUCACCGCACGGGCUUCACCAGAUCGAUCACGGCGCGCAGCCGAGGAUCGCUGCUGGGCUGAUCAUCGGUCACCCGGCAGCUCGAGACGACAUCUCGUGCGUGUUGACCAUUGGUAACCACCAAAAUAACAAGAAAUCAUCAGAUGUCAAGAAGGCUGCACCCACCCAGUUGAUGCUCUUUGGGAAACCCAUACUAACGGAGCAGCAAAUAACACUAGGUAAUUCUGGGGGUUUCUCUCCAACUGCUGCUAGGAAGAGCCCUUCUGAUGGGAGUGCCGAGAAGUCGGCGAAUAACUCUGAUACUCCCAGCCCAGAGAGCAACCAGAAUGGUCAUACAGAGAACUUGUCCUGUGGAGGAGUUCCAUUGUGCCAAGACAACAAGGUACUUGACCUUGGGCUGGAAACCGGGCACUGCAAGAUAUUCAUGCAGUCUGAGGACGUUGGCCGCACGCUCGAUCUCUCUGCUGUUGGCUCGUAUGAAGAGUUGUAUGGACGGCUUUCUGACAUGUUCGGCAUCGAGAAAGCUGAGUUGAUGAGCCAUCUUUUCUACCGUGAUGCUGCUGGGGCACUCAAACACACUGGAGAUGAACCUUUCAGCGACUUCACAAAAAUGGCACGUAGGCUGACCAUACUAGCGGACACGAGGGGUGGCGGCGAUAGCGUAGCGAGUUAGAAGGAAGCUCCUUGCCGCUUGUAUAGGUGGGGAGGAGCAGGCAAUUCUUUGCGAGCAGACUCUGAAGGCGAACUGCCACUUGCAACCAAGCAGUGGUGCAGUUCCAAGAAGGCAGCUUCAGUUUUUCACCUGAUUAGAGGUCCCAGAAUGGGAUUGGGACAGGUUAUGUAAUCUCCAGGAACAAAUUGUUUUCUCUGCCCUGUGUGUGUUCACUACUCAUUAUGUACUACGGAUUGGUGUGAUCCACGAACGAUUUCUGUCGUGAAUGCAGUAUGAAUGCGCCAUUGCAGUUCCUGGAA